GUUUCUUAUUGUAAAAAAUAUAGACUAAUAAGUAAAGAUGAGUGAUAUAAACGGUUAUACUGAUUUUCUAAGUCAAAUCAAGAAUGCUGGUGAAAAGUUGGUACUAGUCAACUUCAUGACUUCGUGGUGUGCUCCAUGUCACAAGAUUGCACCUGAAAUUAAACAACUGGCUCAGGAGAAUUCAAAUAAUCUGAUUGUAAUUAAUGUCGACGCUGAGCAACACCAGGAUAUAGCCUCGGAAUAUAAUGUGACUUGCUUUCCGACAUUUACCUUCAUUAAAGACAAGGAGGCAGUAAAACAAUUUCAUGGCGCAGAUGCCAAUCAAUUGUCCCAGUGUAUAUCAGAAUUACUUCCUGACAAUUUAUAAAAAUCUUUAGACUUAAAACUUUUAACGUUAUAACCGCAAAACUAUAUUUUACCUACUAUUUGACAAAAUAUACUUUCUU